AUGAACUCAUCAGAAUGGCAACAGCGCGAACAAAAAUACAAGAUUCCCUAUAACCGUCGUCUCCCAGUCAGUCUUCGAUUCCUACGUUGCAUUUCAUGGAGUACGACAAUGGUUGACCGCACUGACAAGCCAUGGAUACUAACAGCCAUUCCACCAAUCGUCUUCGAUAGUGUUUUACAAUCUCCAAAUCCAAUUGCUGCAAUGCUACACUGA